AUGAAUUAUGUAAUCCUAAUGCUGCUGGUGAGGGUUAUCCUUGGGCAAGAGAGUAAAUGUCAGAAGCUGGAUAUGCCCUAUUCUUUAUCUUUAAAAAAUAAUCAACUUACUCUCAUAAGCAAUAUUUCCUUUAGCAACCUUGAUAGUCUUCAAUAUUUAGAUCUUAGUCGGAAUAGCAUAAGCUCUAUUGAGGACAGUGCAUUUUCUUGGUUGCCAGCACUAAAAUCUUUGAAUUUAGAAAGAAACGGGCUCACCUCGAUCGGAAAAAAUCUAUUUCAAGGGCUUAUUAGAAUUGAAAUUUUGCAUCUUGCGCACAACCACAUUUCAUCGAUUUCCUCAGGUGCUUUUACAGAGCUAAAGACUUUAAAAUAUUUGUACUUAAAUAGCAAUGUAAUCGUGGCCAUCGGGCCCAGCGCCUUCCAUCCUUUAUUCAACCCAAGAGAGCUAGGGUUAACGAUGGAUCAAACUUUUCAGUGUUGCUCACGAGUUCAUUAUGAAAAAGCCUUUUCGUUCACUGACGAUAGAUGCACCUUCAAAGCGACUACUUUUGUUUACAACAACUUUUAUAGAGGAUUGUGCGAGUUUGUUUCCUCGGAGUCGUACGUUAGCGAGAGGAGACAUGCUCAGUUUGUUUUUCCAAAAGUAAUAAUUCAGGAAACAAAAGUAGAAAGUGGUUGCGCAAAAUUGUAUUUCAAUGCGUAUAUUUGCUUAUGGCUUUCAUUCAUUUUUUUUCGGAAAUUAUUAAAUACGUUGUGA